AGCGCUGGAGAUGUUGCGCUUCUGUCAGCUGUGCAACAAGCUGUGAUCAGUGGAGCUAAUAGGAGGAGGAGGAGGGAAAAAGAGUAAAAAUCAUUAAGCAGAUAGAGGAGGAUGAGAGAAAGAGGGAGCAACAGAGUGAAACAGCGAGAGAAAAAAGAGGAGGAGACGUUGUGGUUUGAGCUGGGUGGAAGAGACGCUGAGAGCCGCGAUCCAGAAACAGGAGCGUUGAGGACGUGCAGGGAAAGUCACGCCCGUCAACAUCCCAGACCUGGAAAACCCGGCAACUUUUCUUCUUUUUCUACAUCAACACUUGAUGCACAAAAGUCUCCGAAUUCAUUAUGAAUCUAAACGGAUUAUGGAUCAUCUUGAAGGCUUUUUUCCCCAACAUUUUUUAAGUAGAAGCGUUGUCGGUCUGUCGGCAUUGAUGUGGGAUUUUAGUGUUUUUAUGGAAGCUUGGAUCGUUGUGUGAAAGUUUGACUGAUUUCAGCUAUGGACUGCUGACAUUUGUUUCUUAGCUACUUGGAAACAUUUUAAUGUUGAACUAUGGUACUGCAAGAACUUUGACUACAUCUCCCACCAACAAUGUGGGAGACUAGGUGAAUAUAAUUUGCUUUCAUGAGAAAAUGUUCUCCAGAAAUCGCUUCAAUGGACACCAUGGAGCAGGAGUUUCUCCUAAAGGUGGGGCAAAAUCCAAAACUCACCCACCUAAAAAGAGAGCUCCAAAUCCCAAAGUAGCACUAGUUAUUCGUGGCAAAAUUCAUCGUCUUUUGCAAGGGUCUGCAGACCACCAUGCCCCCGAAUCCCAGCUCUAUUAUCCGGGCACUGAACAGGAGGAAGAAGAGGUGGAGGCACCUGACAGUCGAAAAGAGCUCCGAAGCAUGAAUCCGAAGGUUACUCCGAGGGCUGAAGCCUGCCCCCCAAAGGCUUCGAUCAUUAAACGACAUGCGGUGGUAUCAGGGCCACCAUGUGUGGGAGAAGUGGAGCUGAACAGAGAGGGUUGCAUAAGAAUACCUUGCACUUUACAACAUAAAAGCUCCAGAUGCCAAGGAAGUCAAAAACGGAUAUCCUUCGAGAGUGGACUCCGGGAACCUCCAGAGGACAUCCAACCAAUCCCACUUUACAGUCCAGUCAGCCCAGACAUCAAUGGGACAAAGUUUGCAUCAGGAACACGAGAAUUUACUUCCCCUUGCAUUCGGCCCAAAAGACCAUAUUCUGCUGGUGACUGUUUGGACUACAACUUCAACAGAGCUUUACCAAAUACACUUCUGGAAGAUGAUGAAGAUAAAGAAGAGACGUCAAGUGCCAUCAUUGACCAUAUUCUGAAGGAGCUAAGAGGCAUCAACAAGAUCCAAGAGGAAAUCUCAGACCUCAGGGAUUACCUGAGCUCAGUGCGGGGCUCAGUUGAGGAGGUAUCUUCAUGUGUAGAUGCUGUUUUAUUAGAAAUCGAAGGCAUUCGCUCUAGCAGCAAAGAUGGAUCAGCCACACGUAGACGGCCAGUCAGUGCUUAUGGUAGCUUAGGGAGCCCGGUAGCAAAGUCAGAUCUGGACUGUGUUCAGCCAGGUUAUGAGCACCACAGUAUACAUGGGGUCCGACUGCCAACAAGGCUAGAAGGGCCGAAGGUGUCCCAAAUUGUUUCAACAGCUGAUCAUCAGGAACUGGAGGAUGCUGACGAUACUUCUGAUCAUAGUUCAGAUAUACCAGAAGGUGCAACAGCAAGAAAUCUUAGCUUAAGCUUGCUUGACCAUGGAAAUUGCCAAGAUUUUCCAAGCACUAGCUCUUUGUCUUCUGGCCAUAGUUCAAAGUCUGAGUAUGACUUACCAGCGCAAUUAUCUAGUCUUGAAAGAAAGGAGCAAAGAGCUGGUGAUGAGAGAGAAUGGGCUAACACUAUACCCCCACACAGUGUUAGUAGGGAGUCUAAGUGGCAUAAAGAUAGCACUUACCUCAGGGCUGUAGAGGACAAUGCCAGAAAAAGUUCUCACUACUGUGAAGGAGCUGGACACUGGGGUCACUACAGAGGAGCAGGAGGAUAUGGUUCAUCAUCCACAGGAAUCUCAGAUCCUCUCUCUGUUAGCUCUAGAAAGCAUUACAACUCACCUGCCAGCACUUCAAGCAGGAAGGAACGGCAAUCACGGUUGAGACGGCCUCAAAGUCAGUCCAGGAGUCACGAUGCAGCUGCUAACAGCAUUGGAAGCUCAUCUAUUGGGCAUGAAUAUUCUACUGAUUUGUCCUACCCUCAAAGUUCAGGUUACCAUUCGAUUGAGGGGCAUGAUGGUGAAGCAGAGGAAUUCGAGUUUGAUCAAACAAAUGAGCUGACCUUUACAACAAACAGUGAAACCGAAGCCUAUUUAAGCUACGAAGAGAGUUCUGCUAUGACCUGGACAGAGGGUCUCUCAGGUGCCUCUGGAGACAGUGUUGUAAGACCUUACAGUAGUCGAAGCUGGGAAAACCGACUCUCUGAUCCCGGUUCUGCAGAUGUCCCAGCUGGAGGUUUAACCGUCAAACGCUUAGGGCGAGCUGUGCUUGAUUUCAGGUCUGCUUUGCGGGGUGCACUACGCAAACUUGAAGGACCUGUUGACGUAAAUUCUGGACAUUUUGAACUAUCAAUGCCUUCUGAUGAGUUGCCUUUAAAAAGAUCCUACGAGGAAUAUUUAGAACAAACUUCUUACCAAUUCCAUGAAGAUAUUACUUCUGCUCAUGCUUUUGAUGAUCUUUCCAAAAAUAGUACUAGUCAAACGUCUAAUAAUUUUUCAGUGGAGCCUUUAGAUGUGAAAACCAGCAAAAGCCUUGCACUGGAGCCCUUAAAGACUUCCCAAAGUUAUCCUUAUUGGAACAAGAGCCCACCAAGUUUUGAAGAACCAUCUGUGGAUCCUGACUCUUUAGUCAAAGGCCUUAUAGACCUACCUGGAGACAGCGUCGGUGAAAAGAUUUCAAAAGGCCCAGCAGAUGUUAGUGAUAAGGAUCAGCUUUCCCAGUACAUCACUGCAGAAUCCUUGCCAGCCUCAAUUCAGGCUGAUGAACCUGCAGCACUGGAGGAACCACUGCAGCCUGCAGCUGACAUUUCUGGAGGCUCAGAGGUCAAACCAGAGGGAGACGCAGCAGAGUCAUCAACAGAAGUUACCCAGAUUGAUGAACGCAAAUUGAAGUGUCUGAGGAGUUUUCAGCAGAUUCUACGGGAGAAGAGGGGGACCAGACGCAACCUUGUCAGUAUGACCAUGUCCACCUUCUCCCAGGAGGAAAUGGAACAAGAUGGAAGUCAAGAUGGAGAUCAGAGCCAAACGCAAGACGGUGACCCCAGCAAGCAGCCGUGGGCCAAACCAGGGGCGAACACACCAUUUGGCAUUGACAGCAUGCCAGACCUCCGCAAGAAGAGGCCUAUCCCUCUUGUUAGUGAACUGGCCAUGUCCAUGAUUCAUUCCAGGAAGGCCAGACUGAACUACGCUCUGGCCACUCGGACCUCCCUAAAAGAUGAAGAGCUCAAAAACCACGUCUACAAGAAAACUCUGCAGGCUCUGAUCUACCCCAUCUCCUGCACCACGCCACACAAUUUCGAGGUGUGGACCGCCACCACGCCUACCUACUGCUACGAGUGUGAAGGUCUGCUGUGGGGCAUCGCUCGGCAGGGUAUGCGCUGCGCAGAGUGUGGGGUCAAAGUUCAUGAGAAAUGCCAGGAGCUGCUGAACGCUGACUGCCUUCAAAGAGCAGCGGAGAAAAGUUCGAAGACGGGGGCAGAAGAUCGGACGCAGCACAUCAUCAUGGCUAUGAAGGACCGCAUGAAGAUCCGCGAGAGAAACAAGCCUGAGAUCUUUGAGGAGAUCCGGAAAGUGUUUGUCAUUUCUAAGAUGAUUCAUACUCAACACAUGAAGAGCAUCAAGCAGAGUGUGCUGGACGGCACCUCCAAAUGGUCUGCCAAGAUCACCAUCACAGUGGUUAGCGCCCAGGGUCUGCAGGCCAAGGACCGGACCGGCUCCAGCGACCCGUACGUCACCAUCCAGGUGGGGAAAACCAAGAAGAGAACAAAGACCAUCUACGGAAACCUGAACCCCAUCUGGGAGGAAAAGUUCAGCUUCGAGUGUCAUAAUUCAUCGGACCGGAUCAAACUCCGAGUGUGGGACGAGGACGACGACAUCAAGUCGCGAGUGAAGCAGCGACUGAAGAGAGAGUCGGACGACUUCCUGGGUCAGACCAUCAUCGAGGUCCGAACCCUGAGUGGAGAAAUGGACGUCUGGUACAACCUGGAGAAGAGAACUGACAAGUCGGCGGUGUCCGGCGCCAUCCGCCUUCAGAUCAGCGUGGAGAUCGAGGGAGAGGAGAAGGUGGCGCCGUACCAUGUGCAGUACACCUGCCUUCAUGAGAACAUGUUUCACUACUCGACGGACAUCGAGGGAGGCGGAAUGGUGAAGAUGCCGUCCGCUCAGGGCGACGACGCGUGGAAGGUCUACUUUGACGAAGUUCAGCAGGAAAUCGUGGACGAGUUCUCGAUGCGCUACGGCGUGGAGUCCAUCUACCAGGCCAUGACGCAUUUCUCCUGCCUGUCGUCUAAGUAUAUGCUGUCAGGAGUGCCGGCAGUGAUGAGCACCCUGCUGGCCAACAUCAAUGCCUUCUACGCCCACCCCACUGCCUCCACAAACGUCUCCGCUCCCGCCAGAUUCGCUGCCUCCAACUUUGGGAGGGAUCGUUUUGUGAAGCUUCUGGAUCAGCUGCACAACUCUUUGAGAAUCGACCUCUCCAUGUACAGAAAUAACUUCCCAGCCAGCAACAAGGCUCGACUCAGCGACCUGAAAUCGACAGUAGAUCUUCUCACCAGCAUCACCUUCUUCAGGAUGAAGGUGCUGGAGCUGCCGAGUCCGCCCAGAGCCGCCAACGUGGUGCGGGACUGCGUCAAGGCCUGCCUGAACUCCACCUACGAAUACAUCUUCAACAACUGUCUGGAGCUCUUCAGCCACCAGUUCCAGCCUGCCGGCCCACAGCCUGAGCAGGAAAAGAAGAAGAAGAAAAAGAAGGAGAAAGCUGAAGGAGAAGCAGAGGAUGGUGAAGAGGAAGAAGAAGAGGAGGAAGAAGAAGAGGAGGAGGAGGAAGAAAAGGAGAAAAAAGAGGAGAGUCAGCAUGAAGAGCAAGGCCCGAGCAUCCAGAACCUGGACUUCUGGCCGAAGCUCAUCACGCUGAUCGUGUCCAUCAUCGAGGAAGAUAAAAACUCAUACACGGCCGUCAUCAACCAAUUUCCUCAGGAACUCAACGUGGGUAAAGUCAGCGCUGAGGUCAUGUGGACUCUCUUUGCUCAGGACAUGAAAUAUGCUCUGGAAGAGCAUGAGAACCAUAAGCUGUGUAAGUCUUCAGACUACAUGAACCUGCACUUCAAAGUCAAGUGGCUGUACAACGAGUACGUGAAGGAGCUGCCCGCCUUCGCAGACGCUGUGCCUGAAUACUCCGCGUGGUUCCUCCAGUUUGUUCUGGCCUGGUUGGCCGAGAACGAGGAGGUGUCGAUGGAGUUCAUGUCCGGAGCUCUGGAGAGAGACAAGAGAGAAGGGUUCCAGCAGACGUCGGAGCACGUUCUGUUCUCCAGUUCAGUGGUGGACAUCUUCACUCAGCUCAACCAGAGCUUUGAGAUCAUCAAGAAACUGGACUGUCCCGAUCCCACAGUGGUGGCCCAGUAUAACAGACGCUUCGCCAAGACCAUCACCAAGGUUCUGCUGCAGUACUGUGCGGUUCUGGCCAAGAGCUUUCCAUCCUACUGUGAGAAGGAGAAGAUACCCUGUGUGUUGAUGAACAACGUCCAGCAGAUGAGGGUCCUGCUGGAGAAGAUGUUCGAGUCAAUGGGAGCAAAACAGUUGGAUACUGAAGCCGCCAACAUCCUCAACGAACUCCAAGUGAAGCUCAACACCGUCCUGGACAACUUUAGUGCCGUGUUUGCCAAAAGUUUCCAGAAUCGUAUAAACAGCUGCAUGCGACAGAUGGCGGAGAUCCUCUACCAGAUGAAAGGCCCACCCAACCACAACACUGCGGAGGCAGACGCCGACACAACGCUGAGGCCCCUAAUGGAGUUUCUGGAUGGGAACCUCAGCAUUUUUGCUGACAUCUGUGAGAAAACGGUGCUGAAGAGGAUCCUGAAGGAUCUGUGGAAGAUCGUCCUGAACAGCCUGGAGCGGAUCGUCGUCCUUCCUCAGAGCAACGACAGCCUGGGAGCUCAGCUCCUCACAGCAGCCAAAGGACUUUCUAAUCUCAAGGGAGGAGCUGAAGCUAAAACUCUGACUCCUAAGCAAUGUGUGAUUAUUGAUGCAGGACUGGAGACCAUCAAGCAAUACUUCCACGCUGGAGGAAACGGGCUCAAGAAGGCAUUCGUUGAGAAAAGUCCUGAGCUAGCUUCUCUGCGCUACGCUCUCUCUCUCUACUCCCAGAGCACCGACGCACUAAUCAAAACCUUCGUCACCACGCAGCAUUCCCAAGUGCAUGAUGGGAUUGGCAUCAGAAUCACUGGUAAUGAGAAGAUUAAACCCGACAGAGGCUCUGGGGUGGAGAAGCCAAUCGGAGAGGCUGUUCUGCAGAUCGACAUGCUGCUCGGAAAGGAACGCAAGAUCAACGUCAGGGUCAUUGCGGUGAACGACAUGAAGUGGCAGACCUCCGGGAUGUUUCGUCCGUUUGUCGAGGUCUCCAUGGUCGGCCCCUUUUUGGCCGACAAGAAGCGAAAGUUCACCACGAAAUCUAAGAACAACAGCUGGACCGCAAAGUUCAACGAGACUUUCCAGUUCGUUUUGGGUAAGGAGUCCCCGGACUGCUACGAGCUCCAGGCGACGGUGAAGGACUACUGCUUCGGCCGGGCGGACCGCGUGGUCGGCUUGGCCGUGCUGCAGCUGAGAGACGUGGCCGACAGGAAGAGCUGCGUGUGCUGGUGUCCCCUCGGGCCGCGCGUCCACACCGACGACACGGGCCUGACGGUGAUGCGUAUCCUGUCCCAGCGGCCGGCCGACGAGGUGGCCAAGGAGUUUGUGAAGCUGAAGUCCGAAACUCGGCCGGCGGAGGAGGGCAGAUGAGCCGAUUCUGACUCAGGACUGAGUGAUCGCUGCGUUUCCAUUGAAAAAUGCACAAAUUGAAAUUAUGAAAAAUAAUUUGCUUAAUGGAAACACGCCAAUUUAUUUAAAACACAUCGGCUACUAAUGUUCCUAAAUAUCUGAUGCAGAACUGAUGCGGUUUUAAAAGAAAUCAUUUCCCCUUAAACCAGGAAAGUUUCCAAUGGUUUGUUCUGUUUCCCUUGAAAAUAUUCACCAACUCUGUUUCCACUAACCAUAAAAUUGUGAAAAUUGAAAUUAUGAAAAUAGAUUAUCUUAAUGGAAACACGCCAACUUUGGAAAAAAAACAACACAUUUUUGAUGAAAAGGUUUUAGCACUAAGAUGGUGUUUUCAUCAAAAUUGGUUUAUUUUGCAUCACGAGUCACAUGAUCAACAACCGGAUGUUACUACUGGCAGAAACAACAAAUCUCAUGUUACUGUCUACAUCUGUGAUUUUUUAAUGAUUUAUUGUCUGAACGGGCUUAUUCACAAGUGAUUUUAAUUUCAUAUUUUGUUUGUGAAUUGACAGAGAUUUGCACACAUUUGUAUUACAAAUGCAGCUACUGAUUGUAUAUGGCAAUUCAACCUGCUACUUAUAAAACACAAUUUAUAGGGCGCAUUUUCAAAGAUCUUAAAAUCCUACAACAAAUGAUUGAUUUUUGGAAUAACAAAUGUAUUUGUUUUGGUUGCAUUUACCCAGAAUGCAUUGCACUGCAGUCCACUUCCUGCUUUUGGAGCAGUCUCUGGUCCGCUUCGCAUCCACAUAUGCAUUCGAACCGCACCACAGUUCACUUCAAUCGAACUGAGACCGAAGUUUUUCGGCGGACCAGAGUUCGCUUUUUUUGGUUGGUUAGCAUUCACACCUCCCAACUGAACCGGACUUUCUAGACAAAUGGACUGGAGUGGGAUUCAAUCGAAGUGAACAGGGCUAGUGUGAAUGCACCUUUUGACUACUUUGAGGCUUUAAGAGUCCUCAUAAAUAUCUCUUGUGCCAUCAGUACCACCAUUUAUUCUGACACUGGACUCAAUAUGAGGGGAUAAUGAAAGAAAAAUCUCCAGAGAUUAGUCUGAAAAUUCAGUAGCAAAUGGUUUCUUCUUCCCCCUGUUGGGUUCAAGCCUGAUUUUACACUCGUAGCACCAGAUGUGUCUUAAAGGAAGUAGAUGUUUUAAUUCUGUUCCCAACAGGAAGUGUGUCAUCUCCAAUCGUUGUUGCUUUUAAUCAUUGAAUGGCUGGUGCGAAAAUCAUACAGGACUAUGAUGAUGUAGCAAGUUCUCAUUUAUGACAAAGCCUUAAACAGAUGGUUAGCUCAGUUUACUUUGAAAGAUUACAGUAAACUGCUGUUUGUUUGAUUCACCAUUGAAAGACUUUUAGCUUUUUUUUAACUGCAUUUACAGUUUCCACAAACUGAGGAACGAUUCAGAUGGUGUAACCUUAAAAUGUAUUCAUGCGGUGGUGGGCACACUUUGGCUAACCUGCUAAUAGAAGUGCUAACUUUUCAUUUAGCGUUUUAGUAUAUUUGCUAAUUUCCUUGGCUGUUUUGUAAACUUUUAGUUGUUCAACAUCUGGGUCAAUGUUUUGGUUGUCAACUUAAGAAUUGAUCAGGUAGUUAGAUGUUUUCAUUCAUGCUUUUAUUUUGAAGCGAGUCAAGACUGUUUCGGCAGCAGUUCCAUUUCCUGUCCUAGUUGUGUAAUAAAUUUGACUGUUCAGGGUUACAUAACAUGUUACAGAGUGAGCGUAAACAUGGUUGAAUUUAGCGUUUAGCAUUAGCUUCUGCUAAACGUCAUGUUAUCAUAGGAUUUUAGCUUUGGGGUUAGCACAGCUAGCUUUUUAGGUAGCGAUGCCCACCACUGCGGUCUCUCUAAACAAACCUGCAGCAUUGAUCAAACCGAAUGACGUACAUCGUUUAGUUCUGCGAUCCUGUGCGCUGACUACGUGCCAAGGAUGGCGAGUCGCAUUUUUUCUGUUUCAGUUUCUUUCUGAGACAAAUGUGGCCUUUCUACAGUCUCAUAUUUUGCCGAAAUCCGCCUGGCCCUUAUUAAACCGAACAGUCUGCAGUGAGUUGAAGACCUACCGGCCACAUCUGGAGUGACAGCUGAACACUUGCACUCUGCUUAGAGCAAAAUUGUAAAAAUAUAAAAGCAUGUAUUUAUUGUACACAAGAUCCACUAGAUUUGUGAUUUUUUUUUCCUGUAUGUACUGUGAAACCGAGUAAAUUUAUGUAAUUAUAAAUCUCCCAAUGUGACAUAUGUUGAAUAUACUUGUAACAACAUUUUGUACAUAAAAUAUUUAUGAAUCAAAAAGA